AUGUCCACCAAUUUCGGAUUCAGCACAUGGAAUAUCCAUGGCAUAUCAAGUUAUGUCCUUGGUGAUAAAAGCAAAAACAAGGACUUUCUUGACGAUAUUAAUAAUAUAGAUUUUAUUUUUCUAACUGAAACUUGGUGUAAAACAAACAUUGAUAUUCCUGGUUUCAGGGCUUUUGUCUCUGAUACUGCAAUGCCUUAUACCAACCAGGUAUGUCGCAAGUCUGGCGGUACCACUUUACUAACCAAAAUAAUAUUUGAAAAAUUUGUUUCAAUAGUUAAAAAUUCAAAACAUUUUCUAUGGUAUAAAAUCUCAAAAGAUCUGUUGAAUGCUGAAAAAGAUUUAUUCUUAUGUGGUGUAUACAUUCCACCAGAAAAAUCUGUUUAUUUCGAAAAUGAAAUAUUUGAUGAACUGAAAAAUGACAUAGUGUCAUUUGAAUCAAGGGGUAAUGUAAUGAUCCUUGGUGAUUUUAAUGCAAGAACCUGUAAACUUGAAGAUUUUAUUUCUAAUGAUGGAAAUAAUUUUAUAAAUGUUACCAGUGAAAACUGUCUACAAGCCGAAACAUAG